AUUCUGUACGCUAAGGUUAAGGUAAGCUUCGAGAACACAUUACCACACGCCUCUUUUCUCUUCUCUUGCUUGUAUCUUUUCGUUCAGAGAACCCUAAUUUUGCGUCCUCACGCCCUCGUCGCUAUGGAUAUUGAGGAGGAUAUCCGCUCGUUACAGCUUGAUUCAGCAGCAGAAGAGAAUAAUGGGGUGGCCAAUCCAGAAGAAGAAAAGCCUGACGAAGUUGAGAACGAGGAUAAGAUGGAGGAAGAUCCAAAGGAGGUGCGCACAGUUUCUCAGCCAGUUAAUCCUGAGCCAAAAGUGAAACACAAGGAAGUAUCUGCACCGCAAGAUGUUGAGGUGGAGGCGGAGAAAGGAAUUACGAAGCGACACUUGAAUGUUGUAUUUAUUGGUCAUGUUGAUGCUGGUAAGUCCACAACUGGAGGUCAGAUACUUUUCCUUAGUGGUCAGGUUGAUGACCGUACAAUCCAAAAAUAUGAAAAAGAAGCAAAGGACAAAAGUAGGGAAAGCUGGUAUAUGGCAUAUAUUAUGGACACUAAUGAAGAGGAGAGAGUCAAGGGUAAAACAGUAGAAGUUGGAAGAGCACAUUUUGAAACGGAGACAACUAGGUUUACAAUUUUGGAUGCACCGGGUCACAAGAGUUAUGUUCCAAAUAUGAUUAGUGGGGCAUCUCAAGCUGAUAUUGGUGUACUGGUAAUAUCGGCUAGAAAAGGGGAAUUUGAAACUGGAUAUGAGAAAGGUGGACAGACCCGUGAACAUGUUAUGCUGGCAAAAACCUUGGGUGUCUCCAAGCUGCUCAUUGUUGUGAACAAAAUGGAUGAUCACACUGUGAACUGGUCAAAAGAGAGGUAUGAUGAAAUUGAAUCAAAGAUGAUACCAUUCUUAAAGUCCUCAGGCUACAAUGUGAAGAAAGAUGUCCAGUUUCUUCCAAUUUCUGGUUUGAUUGGCGCAAACAUGAAAACAAGAAUAGACAAAAGCAUUUGCCCGUGGUGGAAUGGUCCCUGUCUCUUUGAAGCCCUUGAUGCCAUUGAGAUUCCCUCACGAGAUCCUAAAGGUCCAUUUAGGAUGCCUAUACUUGACAAAUUCAAAGAUAUGGGAACUGUUGUGAUGGGAAAAGUAGAAUCUGGUAGUGUGGGGGAGGGCGAUUCCUUGUUGGUCAUGCCGAAUAAGGCUCAAGUAAAAGUUGUUGCUGUAUACUGUGAUGACGAUAAGGUUAGGUGUGCAGGACCUGGCGAAAAUCUACGGGUGAGAUUGGCUGGGAUUGAAGAAGAGGAUAUAUUAUCAGGUUUCGUCUUGUCAAGUGUUGCCAAACCAAUAGCUGCUGUCACUGAAUUUAUUGCCCAGUUACAGAUCCUUGAGCUUCUGGACAAUGCAAUUUUUACUGCUGGCUAUAAGGCUGUCUUGCACAUUCAUUCUGUUGUGGAGGAAUGUGAGAUUGUUGAGCUAAUACAGCAAAUUGAUCCAAAGACAAAGAAACCCAUGAAAAAGAAAGUUCUCUUUGUGAAGAAUGGUGCUGUUGUUGUAUGCCGCGUUCAGGUGAAUAACUUGAUAUGCAUUGAGAAGUUCUCAGAUUUUCCGCAGCUUGGAAGGUUCACCCUUCGUACUGAAGGAAAAACUGUUGCAGUGGGAAAAGUGACUGAUCUUUGUGCCGCUUAACCAAUUUUGUUACUAGAGGCAAAGCUGAAUCAGCAGAACAACUUUUUUGCGUGUCUGAUCUGAUCGAUUGCAGCUGAAGGAGUUGAGAUAAUGACAUUAUUAUCAGCAAUCGAUAGAGAAAUUGUUUGGAUUCAGCUGUUGCAUUGCCGAGGUUUUGGUGUUGGUAUCAUAGUUAUGUUAUUGAAAUG